AUGCAAGCAGUGCGAUGCCCCAGAAAUGGCUUCCGCUAUAACGGCACGUUGUGUGCGUGCGACCCUGGCUUCUUCUACAAUUUCAGCAGCAACAGCUGUGGGCUGUUGACGGAGUUGGGGCCGGCGGUGGAGCUGAACAGUGGUGUCGACUAUGAUUCUACUCUGGCAUUCCCUGAGACCAUAUUCUCCUUUGAUUCCAUCAAGAAGUUUACCCAGUCGCAGGCCGUUUUCUUAGAGGCCACCCUUGCUAUGCUUCUCUUCUGGCUCGGCACCUGCCUUAUCCUCCGCCUGUUUCCCCUUGGAACAGAUGGCCGCUCUCCCUGGUUCAAGAUCCGCUGGUGGAUUAGCCGUCUUGAUGUCUCAUUCGCAACUCGGCACUGGCUUGAGGACCAGAAGGAAGUGAAGAAGCGAAAAACAGAGCUUGGCGGGACUUUCUCAAUUGCUAGCUGGAUACUCUUUAUUGGUUUGUUUGCUGCGUUGCUCUACCAAAUCAUAUCGAAGAGGAGUGUUGAGGUUCAUAAUGUUAGAGCAACAAAUGCACCUGAUUUAGCGGCAUUCUUGAAUGACUUAGAAUUCAAUAUUACCACUAUUUCUAGUAUGAGCUGUGCACAAUUGCGCGGUCUUGGGACUUUAGUUACAGGGAAUCCAGGCUUCAUUGAUUACAGGGUCGCUCCUUUGUCUAACUUUGCUAACUAUUCUUGUCUGAACACCACCAAGGGGCCUACUAUUACGCUCAAGUGCAACAAAUGCCAGCUUACUCAAGACAUUUUGUAUGUCACGUGGCAGUUCAUUGAUGUUCCGAAUAAUCCAGCAACUGCUGUUGGCUUUCAGUUCAACCUUACUGCAAAGAGCCAUGCAGAUAAGAAGCAUUUGAGCUUUGUCAGUGGAACGCUAAAAAAUGCAAGCAACUUUGAAGACGUACCUGUUACCUUUAGAGGGGCCGUCCCAAAUAUACUGAAAUUCAAUUUAUUUCCUAGAAUAUUCCACAAUCUACGUGAUCUAAAACUUAUCCAACCUCUUUUUCACGACUUUCUCCCUGGUUCAUCUUUUAGUGACAUAAGUCAGCUUCAAACAUCGCUUGAAAACUCCAAUGAUGGACUUAUCAACACUACAUUGUAUGUCAAUUUCCUAUCUUCAUAUAUUGUUGAGAUUGACAAUCAAAAUAUUUUAGGACCGGUUAGCUUCCUUGCUGAUGUGGGGGGCCUUUAUUGCACUUGUAUUGGUAUUUUUUUCUACUUCUUGGUGCAAUGUGAGUAUAGAAUCAAGAGGCUUCGCAAUGAGGAUAGCGUAAUGCGGAAGAUCAGAAAUCGUCGGAAAGCUCAAGAACGUUGGGAGAAAUUGAGAAAAUAUGUGAUGUUUACAUGGGGAUCUAGCUCAUUGGAUGACAAAUACAGUACUGAGAAGAAUGUGGCAUGUUUCCCUGGUGUUGGGAUGGAAUCAUCCCACCCAGGCGGAUCUUCCCAGAAACGAAGACUGCAAAACAGGAUGGAUGAUAUUAGUUUUAGCAGGAAGAUUGCUGUGCCAGACAGUGUUCACACUCAAGAAGUUAAAUCUUGCUCAACUCAUCCUGCACCGAACCUGGAACAGAGGACAUCAUUUUCAAGAAACGAAUCAGAAGAUCUAGUCCUUGGAAACUUAAAAGAUGGAAAAGAUGAACGUAAUGUAGGUUCAUGCCAAGUAGAUUUCUGCUGGAACCAAGCAUCUCCAAUGGCUGAUGUUAACCUUCCACCACCUCCACCAUUAGAACUGAAGGCUUCUGAUGAAAUCAGUAUGGUUGAUCUUCAGAAUAACCUCCAAAAGAUGUAUGAAUAUAGUGUCAUACUGAGGGAAAAGUUAGUAGCUACCGAGUCAAUGAUUCGUGCUUCAGCUAAAAAAGAGGCACCUUCCACGACCCAAAGCCACGAGUAG